AUGGACGCCAACAACUUUGGCCAGGAGCAGACUUUGCCUGUGCUAACCCGGCCGGCUUGGUCAGUCGCCGAUCCGAUCCACCCGGACUACGUCUCCGCUCAGAGCUACAGUGGACAUCCAAGAGGCGCACAGUCUGUCCCAGCUCCGCCAGCUACUUCUGCGCCUCCGAAACCUCAGACUACAACUGCCUCAGCUGCACCGAGUCGCAAUGCGUCCUCCAAGGUCCGCAAACCCCGCAAAACCGCCAAUGCCUCUGCGGGGAAAUCAACGUUAUUCUGGGUCAACAGCGAUCCGCAAACCGCGGCCGAGGGCACAAAAGAAGAGACUCUGAAAAGAAUCCGGUCUCAUGUCAUGUCCGAACAUAAUCGAAAGAAGCGCAUCGAGAGCACGAAACAAUACAAUAAAAGCAAAUGGAAACAGUCGCCUUAUGAGUCGCCUACCGCGGAGACCGGAGCACUUGUACCGACGGGCCCUGCACCGUCAAUGAUCACCCCACCUGCGAGCUUGGCCAACAGUCGAUUAUCGGAGGAACAAGAAUUGGACGUCGAAGAGAUUAUACCCACAUCUGCGGGGUACCCCGAGCUGUCAGCCCCGUCGUGGGAUGGCGUUGACUUCGACGGCACAGUGGCUUACCCCCCUGGAUCGUCUGCGUGGUCUUAUGUUGGACAAGGAGCCAACGACCCCUUUAAUACUGGACAUACACAACUGACAGAUAGAAUGAUGCGACAUCUGCGGGUUUUUCUCUGGGAUCUUACGCAACAGGCACACCCAUUGCAGACACGGUAUAAACCGAAGCUGCAGGCGCAUUGGGCCACACUCAUCCAGCGUGACCCGGCAAUAUUGCAUGCGACAAUUUGUAUGGCGUCGUCCAAUGAUGCUAUGCAGGCAGGCGAGUUGCCCAUUCGAGAUCCUAACCAGAAGCGGAGUCAGUUGGUGAUCGACACGUUCCACCACCGUGGUGAGACCAUUCGAUUGGUCAAUGAGGGCCUGUCAGACCCCGUCAAGGCAUCCAGUGAUGUGUUGAUCGCUGCCGUCUCGACUCUGCUAACAAUUGAAAUUGCAUCAGGCAAUCCUGAUUACCUCAAGAUCCACCUGGCCGGACUGCGACAGAUGAUUGCGCUACGAAAGGGCUUCGAUGAUGUCCCUUCAGAUGUCCGGUUCCAGAUCUCAUGGUUUGUGACUCCAUCAUGGCACCCAGGGGUGGUGGCCUGCGCAAGAUUACUAACAAGACAUAGGACUGACAUCCGGGUUGCUUGCAUGGCACACGCAAAGCCCAUCUUCCCCUUUGUCCGCUGUAAUCGCCCAGCGCAGCUCUCUAUCAUCCCACCCACGGACGACGUAGCAUUACUUUCCACCCGCCUUUUCCCCUUGCUGAAAAUUCCCGGCAUCUUCGGCGAAGCCAUGCCGCAAAUCGUAUAUGAUCUCCUCGAGCUAUCCUGGUAUGCAGAAUGGAUCAAAGGUAAUACCGGUUACAGGGAGUUCAGCGAUGAAACCGAGGAUUACUUCAACUCCGAAGUCCUGCAUGUAGAAUACCAGCUGCAUUCAGACCGAUACACCUCAACGGGCCAAGUAAAGGGCGAUAACUCUAUCGAGGGCUGCACCCGCCUUGCCUUACUGUUGUUCCACAACAGUGCCAUCUGGAACUUCUACCCGAUGAUCGCCCCGUUACUACCCAAGCCCAUUCUGGCCCUGCGCACUGCCCUCGAGGCGACCAUCCCCUCUGGGUUGUUUGCGCUGUGCCGUGACUUACUAUUCUGGCAGCUCUUCAUAGGCGCCGCUUGCAGUGCGGUCCUGCCAUCCGAGCGAGUCUUCUUUGUAUCUGAAUUUGCCACCGCAGCACGACUGCAGGGAAUUACUUCGUGGCAGGAGGCCCGCAUUGUCUUGCAGGGAUUUUUCUAUGUCGAUCGCAUUCACCUGCCCAUGCUUCGUCAGAUCUGGGACGAGACUCGGGUGCAAUUGGAUCACUCUGCCGUGUGA